UUCUUCUCCUCAGACAAAGGGCGCUUGUCCCGCCGGGGGACAGGAGGGUCGCAGCGCCGAUGUGGCAGCGGCGGGAUGGAGCCGCGCUGCCCGGGAUGAGCGGGCGCUCCCCGAGUGCCCCGGGAGCCCCGGCGGCGGCGGGGCCGGGCCGUGACGUGGCAACUUCCGAGGUGAGUCCGGCUGCACCUUCCCCGAGAGCCAGCCCGCAGCUCGUCCUGCUCGCCCCGCCGCCGGAGAUGAUGAUCCCCAGGCAGCAGGGACGCCCAGGUCACCCCACUGAGCCAUGAACGCCUCGGUGGCCGGCAGCCAGCUGAGACAGCCCGAGCCCCAGGAUGUGGCCGCCUUCACCCCCGUGUCCAUCGUCAGGAGCGUGAGCAAGAAAUCGGACGCGCUGCCGGUGAUCUCGGUGAUCGUGGUGCUCUUCGUGCUGCUGGCUGUGUUCAUCGUGCUGCUGGUGCACUACGGCCCCCAGCUGCGCACGGUGCAGGUCACGCUGCACCACGAGCCCAUGGCCCAGCACAUGGACACCGUGCUCCUGACACAAUGGAGGUGCCUGGAUCCCUACGGCAAGAUGGGCUCGGCUGGAGUGACCUGCCACUGCUCCUGCAGCCACCACCUUCCCCUUGGGAGUGCUGAGCCCAAUGUCAUCGAGAUCACCUACCUGUGACAUGGCCCGGGCACCCGAGCAGGGCUCGAGGGACGUGUCCCUCUGGAAAAGCUGGGGUGGGAUGUUUCGGUAUCCCAGGACUCACUGCUGCCCACUCACAGAGGCUGCACCUCCCCAGACCCAUGUCUGGCCCCAGGAAUGCUCAGCCAGGAGGUUCAAGACCCAUCCAGCCCCCAGAAGUCCAGCCCAGGGGUGUCACUGUCCCCAGGCAGGAGCUGGGACCCAGCUGGGCUCUAGGGCUGGCCCAGCCUGCGUGGGACAGCUUUAGCAUCUCUUCUGGUUUUACCUGCCCUGGUUUUACCUGUCCCACACUGCCUGGGAGUGGCCAGCAGAGCUGCCUGGGUCCUUGCCCCAGCUGGGGAGCUGUGCUCAGUCCCCUGGCAGUAGCUGGAAGUUGCAUCAUCUGGAAUUGUUUUCCAGUGAAAGAUAUUUCCACACUCACGGUGUCCUCAUUACAUUGUUUAUAUGGCACAGAGGAGCUUCCAGCCCCUCUUUGCCUCAUGCCACAGCCCCUUUUCCCACACUGGGGGGCUGGAACACGGUCCUGCCCCUGCCAGCCCCCCCGGCCCCUCGGGCAAACAGCCAGAGCAGAGGGGGGCAGAGGAUGCAGCUCCUGAUUGCGUGUUGGGUGGAGCCAGUGACAGGGGACACGUGUCCUGCCCCCAGUGGACGUGGGUGAGAGAAGAGCAGUGACACAGCAGAGGCAAGAGGUGAUAAUGGCACAUCACAGCUGGCUGAACAUCUGGAGGUGCUGGCACCAGAGAGGAAGUCCACGUGGGACUCUGGGCAGAGCCUGCAGCAUCUCUGUGCAAAGGGAUGGGGAGACCUGAGGUCACCCUCGCUGUGGUCACCCUUGCUGUGGUC